CUAUUCNUUCUUCUUCUUCUUCUUCUUCAACCGCGCUCAGUAGCUCCUCCUCCUGCCAUGGAGAACGGGACGAGAGCUCCGACGCCCCACGUCGCGCUCCUCCCCACCCCGGGGAUGGGGCACCUCAUCCCGCUCGCGGAGCUCGCGAAGCGCCUCGUGGCGGCCCCGCAUGGCUUCUCCGUCACCAUCGUCACCUUCGCGAGCACGGCGAGCAAGACGCAGCGGGCGUUCCUCUCGUCCCUCCCCCGCUCCAUCUCCUCGCUCUCGCUCCCCCCCGUGCCCCUCGACGACCUACCCGCCGACGCGCACAUCGAGACGCUCAUGUCCCACGAGGCCGCGCGCUCCGUCCCCGCCCUCGCCGCGCUCCUCCGCGGGCUCAAGGCCGAGACCCGCCUCGUCGCCUUCGUGGCCGACCUCUUCGGCGCCGACACCCUCGACGCCGCGCGCGAGGUCGGCGUCCCGGGCUACCUCUUCUUCCCCUCCAACCUCCACCUGCUCUCCCUCCUGCUCCACCUCCCCUCCCUCGACGCGUCCACCACCUGCGAGUUCCGGGACCUCCCGGGCCCCGUCGAGCUCCCCGGCUGCGUCCCCAUCCCGGGCUCCGAGAUCCUCGACCCGCUCCAGGACCGCUCCAACGAGUGCUACCGCUGGAUGGUCCACCACGGCGCGCGCUACCGCGAGGCCCGGGGCAUCCUGGUCAACACCUUCGAGGCGAUCGAGCCCGGCCCGGCCGCCGCGCUCCGGGCCGAGGACCCGGCCCGGCCCCCGGUCUACCCGGUCGGGCCGCUGGUCCAGAGCGCCGACCCGGCCGGCCCCGACCCGGCCGGGUGCGUCGCGUGGCUGGACGAGCAGCCCCCCGGGUCCGUGCUCUUCGUGUCCUUCGGGAGCGGGGGCACGCUCACGACGGAGCAGAUGCGGGAGCUGGCCCUGGGGCUCGAGAUGAGCUCGCAGCGGUUCCUGUGGGUGGUGCGGAGCCCGAGCGACAAGGGGGAGGUGAGCGCGGCGUACUACGACGCCGAGAGCAAGGGGGACCCGUUCGCGUACCUCCCCGAGGGCUUCGCGGAGCGGACGAAGCGGGUGGGCAAGGUGGUGUCGUCGUGGGCGCCGCAGAUGCGGGUGCUGGGCCACGAGGCGACGGGCGGGUUCCUGACGCACUGCGGCUGGAACUCGACGCUGGAGAGCGUGGUGAGCGGCGUGCCCAUGAUCGCGUGGCCGCUCUACGCCGAGCAGCGCCAGAACGCCAUCGUGCUCGUGGGCGGCGUCGGCGCGGCGCUGCGGCCGAAGCGGGCGGCGGCGGCGGCGGUGGUGGGGAGGGAGGAGGUGGCGGAGGUGGUGAGGGAGCUCAUGGAGGGGGAGGCCGGGAAGAAGGUGCGCGCCAAGGUGAGGGAGCUCAAGGAGGCCGCCCAGACGGGCCUCAGCGAGGACGGCGCCGCCUACGAGGCGCUCCUCCAAGUCGCCGGCAGGUGGAAGCAAGUAAACUGAGUUCUGUUCGGUUCGGUUCGGUUCGGUUCGGUUCAUGCUUCUCUACUGCAUGUGUAUUCUUUUCCGUUCCGACCCACUAGCAGUUCGGCCGUCCAAGUUGGAUGCUCUACAGAGUACAGACUACAGUUUUACGAGAAACGCUCGCGUCACUUACCUGUCAUGAGUCCCCACCCCCCCUUAAUUUGCUGUCCAUGUCCAGCGACAUGGUAAUAAUGUUGUACAUUGUUAUUAAAUUGUGUGUGAUAUAUAUGGACGGUGACUGUGAAGGUUUAGAGUAAAACGGAGAGUUCACAUGCGUUAGGUNUAUAUAUAUAUAUAUAUAUAUAUAUAUAUAUAUAUAUAUAUAUAUAUAUAGAGGAGUUUCGGGGCCUUGGGGACUUGGGAUUGUGUGCAGUGGUGGGAUAGCUUUGUAGAACGCGACAGCGGACCACUGUCUUAAAUUCAAUGCGGGGUCUCAAGUGUUAGUUAUUGUC